AUGAGCAUGGAUUUUGUGUUUGGCCUACCGAAAGAUUCGGAAGGCAACACUGGUAUUGUGGUCUUUGUUGACCGAUUUAGCAAGAUGGCUCACUUAGCGGCUGUGCCGGAUAGCAUCGAUGCUGAAGGUGCAGCAAAGCUGUUUAUCGACCGUGUGUUUCGCCAACAUGGCUUGCCGGUGGCAAUUAUCUCUGAUAGAGACCCCCGCUUCACUGGGAAGUUUUGGAAGUCUAUCUUCAAGGUGCUUGGCACUCGGUUGGACAUGUCCACAGCGGGUCAUCCGCAGACCGACGGUCAAACUGAGCGUGUAAACCGCGUCAUCAACGACAUUUUGCGCAGUAUUUGCGCCGAUACGCUUAGGCGUUGGAGCUCAAUGCUCCCUGUUGUUGAGUUUGCGUUGAAUAACGCUGUUCAUGCCUCAACAGGCUUUACUCCGUUCUAUAUAAACGUCCUCACUCACCCUCGCGUUCCGUUAACGCUAUCACUACGUGAAUCAGGGCUUGGUGGGGGAGAGGUUGCCGAUCGGCUUGCUGAUAUCAGCCCUGAUACUGUUCAAAAACAGGUAAGCGAGUUUCUCGCAACGCGAUUGAAUGUCUUAAGACAUGUGCGUGACGCAAUGGCUGAUAGCCAAGAUACCCAAAAACAACAAGCUGAUGCCAAAGGCAGAAAUCGUAUUGAACCUUAUGAGGUCGGAGACCAAGUACUACUCAAUGCUAAAAAUCUACCUACAAACGUAGUGUCUGCUGUCUUUACGACAAAGUUGCGUCCACGCUUUAUUGGACCUUUUAAGGUCACGGCCAGAAAGGGACUUGCGUAUACGCUAAACCUCCCGCGCAAAUUGCGCACACAUCCAGUGUUCUACGUAGGCUUACUUAAGCCGUACCAGGAUCCUUCCCAUGUGAACUUGGAGGCGCUUGCGCCGACGACAAGGGCACUGCCCCGGAUUGCUGUAGCAAGUCCAACAGAGCCUCGCUCCGAGUUUGAUCACGCUCCAUCGCCUGAAGGCGGCUUUGCAUCGCAUCCAGCAUGCACUGGGGCUUACCCAAGGCCUCUUGAAAACCCUUCACUUCGUGAACCAAUUUCUCGUGGGCCUCCUCUCCACCGGUACACCGGCCGCCACCGACUUUGCUCGAUGAGCAUGGGUGUCGUCAAUUUCAUGUCGAUAGACUACUGA